AUGCUUUUAUUUUCAGAAUUUUCCGUUAUCAAAUAUGCUUCAAAGGUGGUUGCCCAGCUUCGUACGCUUUAUUUUUCUUACAUUAUUUUCUGUUGUAGAGGACCAAAUUCAGCCAUCCUUCAUUACGGUCAUGCUGGAAGACCCAAUGACCGAAAAAUUCAGGAUGGCGACAUGUGCAUUUCAGACAUGGGAGGCGAAUAUAGAUGCUAUGCGUCAGAUAUAACUGUAUCGUUUCCGGCAAACGGCAAAUUCACUGAAAAGCAGAAGAUCAUUUAUAGUGCAGUUCUCGAUGCAAAUAGAACUGUUCAGAGAACCAUGAAACCUGGCGUCUGCUGGGUAGACAUGCACGUCCUAGCUCAGCGUAUAAUACUACAACAUCUGUUGCGCGCUGGCAUAAUAAAAGGUGACAUAGAAAAGAUGAUGGAAUCAAAUCUCGGCGCUGUUUUCAUGCCUCAUGGGCUUGGCCAUUUUUUGGGCCUAGAAUGUCAUGAUGUUGGAGGUUAUCCAGAGUCAAGUUUUAGUAGUCUCCGAACAUCGCGAGUGCUACAGCCACGAAUGGUGAUUACUGUUGAACCGGGAUGUUAUUUCAUCGAAUCGUUUCUAGUCCUCUCGAAGAUAGACGAAUAUCGUGAUUUUGGUGGCGUAAGGAUAGAAGAUGACGUUUUGGUGACCGAAACCGGCUCUGAGUUACUGACGCCAGUGCCUCGUGAAAUUACCCAAAUCGAAGCGAUCAUGGCACCAUGCAGAUCUACACAACUUUAA